AUGCCACAGAAGAGAUUGUUAGCAAAAUGCCUUGGGUUUCGGUUGCUGAGCAUGCUGAGCAGCAAUUUCAUCCUAAGUCAAGGUGAGCAUAAGAUUCACUUUAUUCCGGGAAUGAUUGGCCCCUUUCUCGGUGUUACACUUGUUCCACAACCAGAAGUCCGGAAUAUCAUGAUUCCUAUCUUCCAUGACAUGAUGGACUGGGAACAGAGAAAGAAUGGCAACUUCAAACAGGUGGAAGCUGAGUUGAUCGAUAAGCUGGACAGCCUGGUAUCCGAAGGAAAAGGUGAUGAGAACUACAGGGAACUCUUCAGCCUGCUAACCCAGCUCUUUGGGCCUUAUCCCAGUUUGCUGGAGAAGAUUGAGCAGGAAACAUGGCGGGAGACUGGAAUCUCUUUUGUUACAUCAGUUACUCGUCUCAUGGAGCGUCUGCUUGACUAUAGGGACUGUAUGAAAGGAGAUGAAACAGAAAACAAGAAAAUUGGCUGCACUGUUAACCUUAUGAAUUUCUAUAAAUCUGAAAUUAACAAGGAAGAGAUGUACAUCCGCUAUAUCCACAAGCUGUGUGACAUGCACUUACAGGCUGAGAACUACACAGAGGCUGCAUUUACUUUGCUUUUGUACUGUGAGUUGCUUCAGUGGGAGGACAGACCUCUGAGAGAGUUCCUGCAUUAUCCGUCUCAGUCAGAGUGGCAACGUAAGGAAGGUCUGUGCCGUAAGAUUAUCCAUUACUUCAACAAAGGGAAGAGCUGGGAGUUUGGAAUCCCGCUGUGCAGAGAGCUGGCCAUACAGUACGAAAGUCUCUAUGAUUAUCAGAGCCUCAGCUGGAUUCGGAAAAUGGAAGCUACCUAUUACGAUAAUAUCAUGGAACAGCAGCGCUUAGAACCUGAGUUUUUCAGAGUUGGUUUUUAUGGUCGGAAAUUCCCAUUUUUCUUGCGGAACAAAGAAUAUGUAUGUCGGGGCCACGACUAUGAGAGGCUAGAAGCCUUCCAGCAGAGGAUGCUGAGUGAGUUCCCACAAGCCAUUGCAAUGCAGCAUCCAAACCACCCAGAUGACUCUAUAUUGCAGUGUGAUGCCCAGUAUUUACAGAUCUAUGCAGUGACUCCCAUCCCAGACAAUAUAGAUGUGCUACAAAUGGACCGUGUCCCUGAUCGCAUAAAGAGCUUUUACCGAGUCAACAACAUCCGGAAAUUCCGCUAUGACAGGCCUUUCCACAAAGGCCCAAAGGACAAGGAGAAUGAAUUUAAGAGCUUGUGGAUUGAACGUACCACUCUGACCUUGACUCACAGUUUGCCUGGGAUCUCUCGUUGGUUUGAAGUGGAGAGAAGAGAACUGGUUGAAGUUAGUCCUUUGGAAAAUGCCAUUCAAGUGGUUGAGAACAAAAACCAGGAGCUGAGAACACUGAUAAGCCAGUACCAGCAUAAACAAAUGCAUGGUAACAUUAAUCUUCUCAGCAUGUGCCUGAAUGGAGUGAUUGAUGCAGCUGUUAAUGGGGGAAUUGCACGAUACCAGGAGGCCUUUUUUGAUAAAGAUUAUAUUGCAAAGCACCCUGGAGAUGCCGAGAAGAUCACACAGCUCAAGGAACUCAUGCAGGAACAGGUACAUGUCUUAGGAGUGGGUCUGGCAGUCCACGAGAAAUUUGUACACCCAGAAAUGCGUCCCCUACAUAAGAAACUGAUAGACCAGUUCCAGAUGAUGCGAUCCAGUCUGUACCAUGAGUUACCUGGUUUGGAUAAGCUGAGUCCGGCCUGUUCUGGCACCAGCACACCACGCAGCAAUGUUCUGGUUUCGCAUGGACCUAUGAGCCCAGAGAGCAUAAAGUUGGUGCACCGACACAGCCCACUGAACUUGCUUGGUUCAGUCCGACACUCAUCAUCCUCUCUGUCGUCCCACACCUCCAGUGAAACAGGAAACCUGGUUAUCCUAACAGACAGUUCUGUGGGGGAGACUGCCGAGGAUAUGUACCACAUGCAGCUUGUUUACCCUAACUCCAGGUACCAAGGCUCAGUCACCAACGUCUCUGUUUUAUCCUCGUCCCAGGCUAGCCCUUCCACCUCAAGCCUGAGCUCUACUCACUCGGCACCAUCCCAGAUGAUUAACUCUGCCCCUUCCAGUGCUCGAGGCUCUCCCUCUCUACCAGAUAAGUACCGCCACUCUCGGGAGAUGAUGAUGUUGCUGCCAGCCCAUCGGGACCGACCUAGCAGCGCCAUGUAUCCUGCCGCUAUCAUGGAAAACGGACAGCCUCCAAAUUUCCAGCGCGCCUUGAUCCAGCAAAUGAUUGGGCCAUGCAAACCUUGCAGUGAUCCCAACCUGUCUGUGGCUGAGAAAGGACACUACUCACUGCACUUUGAUGCCUUCCAUCACCAGCUCAGUGAUGCUCCUCCGGCACUGCCUGCACGAACGUUGCGAAAGUCCCCUCUUCAUCCUAUCCCUGCAUCACCCACCAGUCCACAGUCUGGUCUAGAUGGAAGUAACUCCACUUUAUCAGGCAGUGCCAGCAGUGGUGUCUCUUCCUUGAGCGAGAGUAAUUUUGGACAUUCUUCUGAACCACCUCCUCGCACAGAUACCAUGGAUUCUGUCCCCAGCCAGGCCUGGAACACCGAUGAAGAUCUAGAGACACCCUACCUCCCUGUCAGGUACAGUCUCUCUGAGCCUGAUGUCCUAGAGUCGCUCAAAUCCCAGCCAUGCCGAAGCCACUCUGCUCCAUCUGGAGUCAUUCCUCAGGACACCAUGGACCCUCCUGCUCUACCCCCCAAACCUUACCACUCCCGGCUGCCAAACAUGGAGAACGAGGAGGGGAUGAUAAUUGAAGAUGACGACAAACACCGCCCAUUGCAUCGUAAAGUGUCCCAACCAGUGAGUGGGGGAAAGGAAGAGCAGGCCAGGGUAGCAUGGGAACAUGGCAUCAGUGAGCAGUAG